CCAUGGGUACCGAAUGGGGGUGGCUGGGGGUUUCCUUUUGUGACUUUCCCAUCGCCCAGCGUGUUGGGGAUUCACCGAGAGCCCUCUGGAGCGAAAAGCCUGGAAUGCUGCUGCUGCUCGAGCUACAGCUCUGGCUGGGGCUUCCAGAGUCUGUCUAGACGGCAACUGAAAAUCUGCAGCCGGGCUGUGCCAGCUGAUACAGCUCAGCGUAGCGGGAGUUUAAUUGUGGUGCAGACAUUUGGGCUUCUGCUGGAGCCUGGGCUUUAGGACCCUGCUCUGUGUAGCUCAAGAACAAAUAAGUUUGGUCCAGUAAGAGAGAUUAUCUCCCUCACCUUGUCUCUGAACCAACCCUGUACACACCCCAGCAUGCCGCUCCAGGAAAGCUCUGUCCAUUAAUUUUUUUCACUGAGACAAACUGCAACCAUAGUAAUGGUACAAACUUUCAAGCCUCCCAGGGCCCUCCCAGUUCCAUGGACCACUGCAUCACCUGCAACAGCUAUUCCUCUAUCAGUGUGUAAACUUUGCCGUGCUGAGUUGGGUUGUUUGUCCUUUCAGAUGUCAGUGACGUUUGAGGAUGUGGCCAUGUAUUUCUCCCCAGCGGAGUGGGCACUGCUGGGCGAGGAGCAAAGGCAACUUUAUAGACACGUCAUGUGGGAAAAUUACCAGACACUGGUCUCAUUAGGAAUCCAGACCCCCAAGCCAGUGAUGAUCUCUAGCAUAGAGCCAGGAGAAGAUCUGUGUGUGCAGGGCCCCACAGAAGAUGAAGAUGGGAACAUCCUUAGAGCCACCCACCCAGAUUUUCCAGAUGCAGAAGAGACCUGGGACUGGCCAGCAAUUGAAAGCUCCUUGGGCUUCUUCCUCACACAAAGCUCUUCCCCUGGAGCAGCAGGGGCGAGGAACCUGAACAGAGCUGUGGGGCAGACUCCUGAGGAAGGGCCUGGUAACCUGGAGCCACUCAGGCCUUUCCCAGGGACAUCAGGGAAGAACCAUUCCAAGAAAUCUGAGCGGGGAAGACAUCACAAGAGUCAGGGGAGGCCACAAAGGCAGAGGAAAAAUCUGACCAGGAAGGAGCCAGCAACCUCAAGAGGCCAUCAGAGGAGAUCCAGGCCAGAUCCAAAGCCUGCAAAGGGAAAAGCGGAGUCCAGAAAGAGCUUAUAUACCUGCCGUGUGUGCAGGGAAGAAUUCAAGGUGCAGAGAGACCUGAUAAGUCACCACAGGAUGGUUCAUAAGAAACAGGAACUGUAUCACUGUAGCGAGUGUGGGGAGAGCUUUAGGAGAAAGAAGGAGCUCAGCGCACAUGGGAAAGCUCACAGAAAGAAGAGACACCAUCCCUGUUCUGAAUGUGGGAAGAUAUUCAACCAGUUAUCACUGCUCACUGCCCACCAGAGAAUCCACACUGGAGAGAGACCAUAUCACUGUGCUGAGUGCGGAAAAAGAUUCUUAUACUUAUCAGCUUUUACCAUCCACAAGAGAAUCCAUUCAGGAGAGAGACCCUAUGCCUGCACUGAGUGUGGAAAGCAAUUUAUGGAUUCGUCGACAUUUCGUAAUCACCAGAGAAUCCACUCAGAAAAGAGACCCCAUCGCUGUAACCAAUGUGGGAAAGGCUUCAAACUUACAUCAAAUCUUACUAGGCACCAGAAAAUCCACAGCGGAGAGAAACCCUUCUUGUGCCACGAGUGUGGGAAAAAGUUCUGCCUACGAGAACAUCUGAUCAGACAUCAGAGGAUCCACACUGGGGAGCAGCCCCAUUGCUGUGCUAAAUGUGGGAAAAAAUUCAGUCUCCUUCAAAGUCUCAGGAGACACCAGGAAACCCAUAGUACAGAGAGACUCCAUCGGUGUGCUGAGUGUGGGAAAAUAUUCCGUCAUUCAAACAGUCUUUUUAAACACCAGAGAGUGCACAAUGGGAAACUCCAUCGCUGUACUGACUGUGGAAAAGGCUUUGUCUAUAUACAUCAUCUCACUCGCCACCAGAGAAUCCACACUGGAGAGAAACCCUAUUGCUGCACUGAGUGUGGGAAAAGUUUCACUCAAUCGUCAGGCCUCAUCAACCACCAGAGAAUCCAUUCAGGAGAGCGACCCUAUCCCUGCACUCAGUGUGGGAAGUGCUUUGCUCACUCAUCAUCUCUCACUGAACAUCUGAAAACCCAUUCAGGAGAGCGACCAUAUUCCUGCAUUCAGUGUGGGAAGCACUUUGCUCGCUCAUCAUCUCUUACUCAGCAUCAGAGAACCCACUCAGGAGAGCGACCAUAUUCCUGCGCUCAGUGUGGGAAGCGCUUUGCUCGCUCAUCACAUCUUACUAAACACCAGAGCACCCACUCAGAAUAGAGACCCUGACCCUGGUGUUUGAUGGAGGGAACCUCUUCAUUCUCUCCCUUCACCCUGUUCCCAAAGCUGUAAAAGAGGGAGAACUUUCUCCCACUCUGAAAUGUUCCCACCUCUUCACUAAGCAGACACAAGUUUCGGUGCUGGGUUUGUUAAAAUAAUUUGUAUGGUCCUUGAGAGGUACCGAAAUGUUCUAUUGUGGGCAUAAUGGGCUGCAGGUGGGACAGAGAUGACAGGAGUCAGGACUGCACUUUGGAGGCCCUGGUUUCUCCCAAGCCGUUUGUUCACUGCGUCUCCCAUCCUCUCAGGCUCCACAGAUUGAAUUAAUUGUUUUAUUUCUUCUGGGAUCUUGGGGUUUGGAAAAAUGGGCAGGGACUGAAAAGGAGCUUUUGUCUCCUGAGUUAAUGAAAGGCUGUGACAUCCCCUGUGUGCCUCUCAUAGUACUGAAUCAAAAGGAAAGUUGUUUUUGAUUUGGCUUUGAGAGAAAAUUAUGAAUGAAGCUGUCUUGAUAGUUGGCUUCAUGCAUAAUGCAGCCAGGGUCCUGUCAUCACACCUAAUUGCCAGGCAAGCAAUACCAGCUAGGACCGGCAGGUUGGAGAUUGGAGUUUCCGGGUCACACAACGAUGAUACAGCUAAAGUCAAGACACCCCUUCUCUGAAAUAGUGGGCCUGUCAGACAAUAUAUCAGAGACAACAUUUCUAAGGAACAGCACCAACAGGUGGUGUGGGACUGUACUUUGGUUUGAUGCUGCAUUUCUUGGUGGAUAGACAAGUCAGAUUUCCAUCCCCUGCUCUCUGCAAAUCAGCUCUCACGUCCUCCUUGGAAUAACCAUAUUACGUGAAAGAUCCUUCUUCAUUACAACAGGAUACAUUGUGGUGACAGGUGCUUUAACUUACAUCUCUACCCACUGGGGCUUCUUGAGCUCCCCAUCCUGUUCCUGUGGGACUCAAGAACAAACAGACCAUGCCAUUUGGUUAUGGACUGUCUUCUUUAUCAUCUUGAUGGUAGAUGCAAAUGCUUGACCUCUAUGGAUGCUGCUGUCAUGAUUAGCGUGACUAUAUCACUUACCCAACAUCUAUCUAAUUCAUUGUGCCAGCAGAAGUCAUACACCAGAGAAAAAGGCAAAGGCAUGUGUCAAGGCAGUAAAAACUAAAAAAGAGCCACCGUGGCUUAACAAUCAUGUAAAAGAAGCAGUGAGAGAUAAAAAGACUUCCUUUAAAAAGUGGAAGUCAGAUCCUAGUGAGGUAAAUAGAAAGGAG